AUGGAGCGCGAGCCGGAGGCCCCGGGCCGGGCCGCGCGCCCGGCCGAGCCGCCCUUCCAGGCGCUGGUGGAGGCGGCGGGCGGGCGCGGGCAGGUGCUGCUGGUGGGCGAGCUGUGGGAGCGCGAGCCGAGCCGCGCGCUGCUGCGGGGCUUCGCCCGCGCCGUGUUCCCGCCCGAGCCGGGCGCGGCCAAGCCGGGCGGCGCGGCGGCCGAGGGCGCGGGGCCGGGCGCGCGGGGCGCGCGGGGCGCGCGGGGGGCGCGGGGGGCGCGCGCCAUCCGCUCGCCGCUGGUCUUCGUGCUGUGCCGCGCCGCGUCGCUGGCCGCCCCGGAGCCGCGCCGCCGCCUGCGGGAGAUGCUGCGGGACGUGCGCGGCCGGCGGCCGGCCGGGGCGGCGCUGGUCGGGGUGCUGGUGGCCGAGGCCGGGCCCGAGGACGCGGCGGCGCGGGGCCUGCGGCUGCUGGAGGCGCUGCUGCGCGCCGUGUUCGGCCGCCAGGCGGGGGGCCCGGUGCAGGCGGCCGCCUACUGCCCGGACCACCCCGCCUCCAGCCUGGCCGUCCAGGCGGCCGCCUGCCGGGCCCUGCAGGCCGCCGGGCCCGCGCCACCAGUUGAAGGAGCCUGGGAGAGACGGGGUCUCCUGGCACUGCUGACCUGCUUUUCCUGGGGCCCCUGGAGCCGGGGGAAGGAUCCGGAAGCCACCUGUCCCACUGGCCCAGCUCAGGAUCACUUCCGGAACCCUGAGGAAGAGCUGGCGCUGACAGCCAUCAUGCCCAACGGGGACUGCGAGGAUCCCCAGAAGGCCGUGGGCACCUGUGACGGAGUCUUCCCCAGCCCCGCGGAACUCACAGGAGAUGCGAGAUGAAGACCAGAACCCCAGCAUCCCUGGCUCUAACCUUCAGGCUGAGGGCCGGCUCCUUCCCACUGAGCCUGCCAUGCCUCUGUGUUGACCUUCGGGUGGUGGUAACUGCAAAGGCCCCACCUUGGGAGCAGGGAGUGGUGUGACAUUGACAGUUCAGACCUGUAGCCUGGCCCCACUUGGCAUUUGCUCAUUCUCUGAUCACAGCGAGGUCAUUGUCUCUCUGGUCCCAGACUCCUCUGUGCCACUGACACAGUCGACUGUCUGCUCUGGGGCUCUGCGCUACUGGGGCCUCCUGACUUGUGUCCACUGAGCAUCCAUCAUUUCAAGUGCAGCUGGAGAGAACUCUGGAAUAGAAGUCAUCAGACUGGGGGUGUAGCCUUGGAUACAUCACUCAGCCUUUGAGGCUUCUGAUUCUCAAAUGCAAGAGGGUCGACCAAGCCAGUAGCUCUCGGCCAGGGGCCAGGCUGCAUGUAGUGGGCAUCUCACAACAUACAGGACAAUCCAACAAGCACACCAAGCACGCCAAGCAUGGCCCCUUAAAGGAAUUCCCAGUGAGCCAAUCCCAUCUCCCUGUCAAAUUCUAGAAGAGUCCCUCAGAGCAGAGAGGGCUAGGCUUCCUGGGCCUUGUCUCCCAGAGCCAGCCGGGGGGCCAGAGCCCAGACUGUCAGUACAUUGCAGCUCAGCACGGACAUGGCCUUGCACGCAUAGGCGAGGAGAGGGCCCUCACUUCUUCAUGUGGACAUUGACUUUCUGCACCAAGUCCUUUGAGCUGAAGGUCGCUGGGGACUGCCCACAGCACCAAAGGAAAAAAGGUAGGGGUCUGGAAAACAAGGUCCCAGGACUUGCUCUCAAUCACAAGUCCAAGGUCAAGUAGAUCCAGCCCAAAGGUGCUGAGGUCCUGUCCUUUCUUUAGUGUCUGUGGGUCCGACAAGCUCCAAGAAGUUCCGUUAUGAGCAGGGAGGCAUCUUUUCACUCAUGGAGGGACCUAUGCAUUAGCUCCCUGUCUUCCCUACCUGCCCCUGGGGAUAGCCAGGGUCUUUGGAAUAGCCAGAACAGUUCCUGGUUGAUCCAGCAGGAGGCACUGUCCAGGGGAAUUUGCCAAAUUCACUCAUUCAUGCCCAGCUCACUCAGCUGAAGAGCAGCUGUGCCUUCUGUCUGCCCAGUGCUCUGCAGGUGCUACUGAACUUGCACUCGUUACUUCUGCUGUCUCCAGGUUGGUGCCAAAAUAUAGAGUGGGGACCUGUGGCUGGGGGGCUCUGUGGUAUGGAGAAAGGGCCUUCCCUGCUCUGUGCCUCCAUUUCUUCUCUAUAAAAGGAAACUUUAUCCCACCCCUUCUCCGCCCCAUGGAGGUACCACAAGAAGGUAAGAUGCCACCUUUUUUUUUGGGUGUCAUGUUAAUGACCAACUCACCAACAGAUGAACUCCGCUGACUUCCUUCCACCCCAAAAGGAACUCACUGAAUUGUGUGGAUUUUCUUUAAAAAUGGGAAGACUGAUAUUUUUGAAGCUGCUAUAUUUUUCUGUUUGUCUAAUAAUUCCUGUGUAAUAAUUGUUGGAAUUUUGGCUUAGAGGUGGACUUUUUUUUUAAGUUAGGAAAUUGUCCGAGGAUGGAGCUGCCACCAUGUUUAAAAAUCUUUCGAGUUUGUUGCCAAUAUUUGCAUCUUGGGAGGUUGCCCAUAAAAAAAGCAUGGAGAAUGGGGUUUGCCGUGGUCUCCAGUUUGUUUUGGUCCCCCUCAACUUGAACCCCUCUGCCACCUCCCCACCUUCACCUGUCACUGCACUUCACUCAUACACCACCCCCCUGCUCCUGGGCCUGGUGGGAUCUUACAGCCUCUGGUGUAAAGGGUACGUCACCCAUCUUUCUAUUUUUUAUUAUCUUCAGUAUUUCCUGCGAAUAGUUGAGGAAGAAGGUCUUUCUUCACUGAGAUUUGGGUUCUGCCCCUUCACCCCCAUAACCUGGGGACUGAGAUCCUUCCGUGCCCAGUGUGGUUUUCUUGAGUCAUGUCUAAAUUAAGCGCCAUCCCUUUAAACAGACUCAUUGCUUUUGUCUAGCAGACAGAAGUUGGUGCUGGAAGGGGUGGCCUGGUGGUUGACCUCUUCCCUGAGGACUUUAGCAAGGAAUGAGAGGUGGGGUGAGCCUGCCUGCAGACAAGGGCCCAGAUUAGGUCAGUGGUCAUCUGGUCAUCCAGGAGACUCUUGCCAAGGCUCUUGGUCACUAAUCUCCCUAAUAGGGUGGCUGUGCUAUUUCCCACUCAAAUUGAGAAUUCCUGAUGUCUAAUAAAACCAAACAGCACCUCACGAAGCACAGUGGAUCUCCCCAUUUCUUCUUGUGAGGUCUUCCUCGCACAGACUCUGGGACAAGU